AUGGAUAAUCGUCGACCUGCUCGUAUUCAUAGAUUUCGACCAGCAUUAAUUACACAAGCUGAUGAUGCACUUCCUGAUUAUAUGAAUUUGAUGGGUAUGAUCUUCUCUAUGUGUUCAUUGAUGUUAAAAAUAAAAUGGUGUGCAUGGGUUGCAAUAUUUGCUGCAUUGGUUGGUUUUGCUAAUUCACGUACAUCGGAUGAUGCAAAACAAGUUCUUAGUAGUUUUAUGCUUUCAAUUUCUGCUGUUGUUGUAACUUACAUGCAAAAUCCUGCACCAAUGACUAUACCAUUUAUGCAAUAG